UGUCGUUGUUGUUGUUGUUAUUUUUAUAAACAAAGAAGAAAAAAAGUUUUGUAUGUGUUGUUAUUUUAUCAGUGGUGAUUACAUGUGAUUUUGGUAGAUGUUAGGUUCCUUCUUGGUGGGCGUAUUCCAAAAGUGAUCUCAUCAAAACCAUUGGCUUUGGUUUAUAGAACAUCAUAUUUUUGUUUUUUUUUUUUUCCCUUCAAAUUCCUGCAGUGCUUUCUUUCUGUGGUAGACAUGCACAUGUUUAAAUCCUUUCUUUCUGUGGCAGACAGGCAUGCACACUUUUGAGAGUGGAGCUCCGCCUCCUAUAUCUAUGCAACACAAUACAAUGGAUGACAGUUGGGAUCGAUUGGAGUCUACUCUUCUUCGAGCUCUUAAGGCUAUGGAUUCUUUGGUGGAUAAUUUUCAGACGCAUUUUCAAAUCCAUGACACUGAGUGGGCCAAGGCAAGGAUGGAUCUACAACGAGAAAUUAGUAAGUAUGAUUCAGCGUUGUCAAACCGAAAUUCGUCUGCUGCAUUUGUGACUACUGAGAUGUUGACCUUUACUCCACCUCCAAAAUCAGACUUCGCUCCUGUGAUAGAGACAUUAAUACUUCCUCCAUUACUGCUAGCGCCGACCUCUAAGGCCUCAAUGAUUUCCUCAAUAGAUGAAACUCAACCUACUGUUGCUGUACAAUUACACCAACCACUCACACAAGACACCAUGUGCAAAAGGUUACCCUCUGUGGACGAGGUAGGGGACACUCCAACCUCUAUUGAAUACCUAUAUUCUAAAGUAGACGAUUCAUCUCCAACUACUGGUGUUCUAUUGUUGAAGUCUAUUGAACACCAAAGUGAUGAUUUCAAAUCUAACGAAGGUUUAAUCCACGACGUCCCUGAUCACAUAACGGCAAGAAUUCACUUCACAGAGAACAAGGUUCUUGUUCCAUCACUGCCUUCGUUUCUCUAUUCUACCACUGAUUUUGUAGAUGUUGGUCUUCCUUUAGUUGGAUCUUGUUGGCUCGGUAUCAACAUAUUUCAGGAAUUUUUCCUUCCUCAUAUGUGGGUACAAGUCCAAGAAUGUUAUGCCUGGCCUCAUUGAUUGAUUUUUGAUCCCGGUAUAUCACUUCCUAUGCUUAAUUCCAUUUUGAUUUGGGAAAUAUCUGAGGUCAUUGAUUGGGAUUUUAAUAGAUUCUUUACUUCCUUUCUUUGCACUGGAGAUUGCAAGUUAAAGUCCUCUGUUAUGGCAUUUUACUCACGGAUGUACUCUGUUAUCAUUCUGUUAUGAUAGAAAGAGAUGAAGAGAGAAGAAGAAGAAAGAUAGGUAGACGAGGAGGAGAGAAUAGAGAGACGAGUGGACGAGACGUUCUGAAUAGUACGUUUAUAAAAAUGAGUUUCAACAACAACACUGUGUAUCUGGACUUGGGUAUUUAUAGGGCUGGACCAUUAGACUAAAUAUUAGUAACAGUACCGACCCAAAAAAAUAACAUUUAUACCCCUGCCCUAACUAAUUCCUAAUAUUUUCAUAUCACAUUCUCUUUGAGCCUGUCAUGUAUUGCCCCUUUGCUGUUCUUGCAAGAAUUGCAAUUAAUUGUUAUGGUACCACUACAACUGUUGGUUUUUCACCCUUGGCUCAAUUCUUAAACAUGGUCUUUGACUUGGUAAAUGACAGAGAAGAUUGGUGUCUGCAUAUUGGUGUUGACUUGUGUUGCUCACGACCUAUUUUAAUUACUGUCAAGGAAGGCCCAAGCUUGCACCACGGAAGAGUUUUUAGUGCUUUGUUCAAUUUAUUUCCUCUUAGAAAAUUCAGCUUGAUGGAUUUUUAUGACCAUAAGGGCUGGGCAUAUCAACUUUUUGAGAAGGAUGAGCAUAUAGCUUUUAACAUUGCAGCAGUAACUAGAUUUUUAUUACAUGAGAUUGCUGCCAAAUUUAAUCUGUUCUAUCAGAUUAUUUCUUGCAAGCUUGGAAAUUGCUACUUUCUCUUUGAAAGUCAACGGGGUGUUUGUUAAAUUGUACUACAAUCUUUGUCUCAUGUCAGCAUAAUCAAAAUAUGUUACCAUAUUAUAUUUUGGUGUUUGACCUUGGAAAGAUUCAAAGAGAAUGGAGCUUAAAUGGAUAUUUAUUAGUUACUCCAUCUGCUGCAAAUGAAGCUACAAGGAUCACAUUUACGUUUAUUUGUGAAGGGGAUGCUUCAUUCAAUUCCCUGCAGCCUUGCCCCAUGGCUUUUGAAGAAUUUUGUGUUAUGGUAAUGCUGAAAAUUAAUGGGUUGUGGGAUGGAUCAGAUGAUCCCAACAUGGUUACCCAUCAAAUAGCUCACUUUCUAAUAUACUCUCUGAGGUAUAGUAUAAGGAAUAGCAAGGUCUUGCGGCUCAAUUUGCUAACUGUUAUGGGUUACCUUAAUUUUGUGCAUUAUUUUCAGGGCAGUCCUAUUUGUUACUCAGGGAGUUAUGGUAGUUGCUGCCCACCAUCAAAGUCAGAUUCCACAAGUUUUAUAUUUGGGUAAUCUUUUGACAUCUGGACUUCUCGAAGGCAGCAUUACUUCAUGCGCUCCCCAGCAAGUUUCUUGGGUCCAGUACACAUUGUAAUGCUGGAAUGGGUUGGAACCACCCAUAGGCGAGCUUUGGACGUUCAUCAUGAUACUUUUAUUACUUUUGACCUUGAGGACAAGGUCAAUUUUAAGGGGAAGGCAUUGUAAUGAAUGGGCUGGGCCCUAUUAUAAUAUGAGAUUGCAUAUAGGGACUGCGCUGGAUCUAGAUUAUGGGUGGGGAUUAGAUAUAAAAGAUAGUCCAGGCAAGUGUGGCUGAUUUUGUUGAGCGCCUCCCUCUCUGAUGUAUUUCUUCCUUAACUGAGACUAUUCUCCUUCCCUCUUCCUGAGUUUUAUUCUGUGUUCUUUCUUUUAUCAAAUCUGAAUAUGAUCAUAACAUGUUGUCGAUUUUCUUUGCUAA